GUUGGAAUCUCAAUGUGUCAAUGAUUGAAAAUUCUUACGAAUUGUUUUAUUAUACUACUGCUGCCAUGGGGAAUUCGUGGUCCCACAAAGAUAUAAUCGACGAAGACCGACUUUCCACCUAUGCAGAACUGACAUUCUUGAAGAGAAAGCAAAUAGUACGCAUUAUAUAUCUCCUGGACAAUGUGGAUCCUGGGAAGCUACGUGAAAAUUUGCAGCAUCGUUUCGCUGCGGAACAAAUAGACGUGAUACUACCACAGAUUCAGUGCAGCCCAUUUCGAGACUCGAUAUAUCGGGUGUUCUCCUCGCAAAAAGACAAUCAUCUGAGCCUCGAAGAUGUAUUGGAUUUGUACUCAGCUUUCUGCGGAGACUGUCCCGACGAAGUCCGAACCUCCUGGGCAUUCUACAUUUUCGAUUUGGAUGGCGACAACAUCAUUUCUACCGAUGACUUGAUCGAGGCUGUCAAGAAAUUGGCAGGGUGUGAGAGGGAAGAUGCGGAUAUCAUCGAGGAUGAGCAGGCAGAGCACAUUGCAGAAUUAGUGCUUAAAGAAAUGGUCUUCAAUCGGGCUGCAACAAUUUCACGGGAAGAAUUCACACACUUCGUCGCCAGGAUUCCAGAAUUCUUCUCCGCGUUUCAUUUCAGGAUUUAAUUACAACGAGGACUGUACAAUUCCGCGUGCUCUAAACCAUAAUCGUUGUGAAACAAUUCGUAGAAUAUAUAUUAAAUCUGUUGCCGUGUUGCGCGACGAACGUUUUAUUCAUUAUAUCGCAUGGUCGACGUGAAUUAAUAUUAUAGAUCAUCGUUUGUAAGCGACGCAGCCGCGUUCGUUAUAAAUGCCGGUAAGGAAUAAAUUAGGUAUGUAAGGCGUGCGCAUUUUUCUCUGGUACGUGAGAGGCACUGUCGGCGGUAUCUUGUAUUCGAUAUAAUUUGUCGGAUACUUUGAAAAAUAUGAGGUUGUUGCUCCCGGGGCGCAUUGGUAUUUGUACCGAUCAGCUUUGAAAUACUGCAAGGGAUGACGGGAACCUGUGUGGUCCUUGUACUGAUUCCGGUGAACUUGGACACCCUGUGUAUUAUAAUAAUUAAAAUGCCAUUAAAAUUGUUAAUUUCCAAUUUAUAAGAAUUCAAUCGCUCCCGAUAUAAUUUGUAACAUUUAAUUGUAACAUUUAAUUGCAGGGGUUAGUGGAAUUCGCAAUUUGUAAAAUAUUUGUAGGAACGAUUUACCUUGAAUAAAUCAUCGACUUCCUUCAUUCGUGCAACAUCUAUCGUUGAAAUAUCAUUUUGAGGAAUUUUUAAACCACGGCUGAUCUCUGAAUACGCUUUAAUUCCGUUGAUUCCGCUUUUCGAUGUUUCUUCUACACCCUGCACUCCCCAUUUGUAACUUGGCAUCUUGGGUAAAUUAACAAAUGCGUGUGUUUAUUUAAAAUUUAAAUAAAACGUCGAAUAAUCGCGCACACAUAAUAGCUCGACAGUGUCCGGCAGUUUUUUAAUUAAUAAAAAUGUCGUACCGUUGAUUUUGGGGGUGCGUCGUAUUUGAACUUUCGAAAAUAAUUAUAGCUGCCCCCAUCGUACGUUGUGGAAAUGGUAAGCUGCAUUUUCGAUUAACACGAAUUUUAGUAUAGCAAUUGAAUUCCUCGCGUUCGUACCGCUUUAUUUUUAAUUUAAUUCUUUGAUCGCAAGGUUAUACGCCGCAUCGAAUUUUGUUGUAAAUGCGCGAAACAAAUGAAUCGUUAUUAAAUGCUUUACAUAGAAAUAUAACAUUAUUCUCGCGUGAAAACAAAGUGAAUUAAAUUGAAAUAAUCAGUGUACAGAACGAUCGAUUUAUUGAACACGCAAGUCGUAAUAAUCGGCGAUUUAAACUUAUGAAAAUAAAAUGUAUUUGUAUUUCGAAUUUUUGAUGCAGACAAUAGAAUUUUUUAUGACAA